ACUUUCGCCCCCUGCGGCCACCCACCGCCGGACCGUUUAAGACCCAGCGCCCAAACGCAGCCUGUUGCUUGGGGACUUCGGAGACGCUUCCCCAGCACGACGGAGUCAGACAGCAGGUGCUGCUGUCAGAGUGAGGAGCAAGCGGUUCUCGACCUGGUUCUGGGUUGUUUGUUUUUCCCUAGCCGGUGGCCGCUGCAGAGCGUGCCGCGUAGCUAGCAGAGGCAUGAAUUACUCGCGGUUCCUCACUGCAACCAGCAUGGCCAGAAAGACUUCUCCCAUCAGACUCACGGGAGCCUUUCUUCUCUUCCAUGUUGAUCAUAGCAGAUAUAAUAAGCAAGGCACCAAAAUCCCUCAUCUCCUUGGCACCUGGGUGUCCAAAUCCAAACACAUUCCCCUUUAAGACUGCUACCAUCACUUUAGAAAACGGAAAACUCAUCAAAAUUGAAAACGAACUGAUGGGCAGAGCACUUCAGUACUCUCCAAGCUAUGGCAUUCCAGAACUGAUAUCCUGGUUAAGAGAGUUACAGAUAAAAUUUCAUAAUCCCCCCACUGCCUACCACCCAACCAGUGAAGGACAAUUGGAUAUCUGUAUCACAUCAGGCUCCCAAGAUGGACUGAAUAAGGUAUUUGAAAUGCUCAUUAAUCCAGGAGAUAACAUACUCUUAAGUGAACCUGCUUAUCCAGGAACCCUUCAAGCUAUUCAACCACUAGGCAGCAACAUUAUCAGUGUUCCCAGUGAUGAACAUGGGAUUAUUCCAAAUUGCCUCAAAAAAAUUCUUUCUAACUGGAAACCAGAAGAUUCCAAGGACCCCAGUAAAAAGACCCCCAAGUUUCUUUAUACUGUUCCAAAUGGCAACAACCCUACAGGCAACUCAUUAACAAUUGAGCGCAAGAAGGAAAUCUAUGAGCUUGCAAGAAAAUAUGAUUUCCUCAUAAUAGAAGACGAUCCUUACUAUUUUAUUCAGUUCAGCAAGCCUUGGAUACCAAGCUUCCUUUCCAUGGAUGUUGAUGGGCGUGUCAUCAGAGCUGACUCCUUUUCAAAAGUCCUCUCCUCUGGGCUAAGAGUAGGGUUUAUGACUGGUCCAAAAUCCUUGAUACAGAGAAUUGUUUUACACACAGAAGUUUCAACACUGCAGCCUUGCACUUUCUCACAGUUCAUGAUAUCACAGCUUCUACACCAGUGGGGAGAAAAUGGCUUCCUGGCUCAUAUUCACAAAGUCAUUGAUUUCUACAGAAACCAGAGGGAUGCAAUACUGGCAGCUGCAGACAAGUGGUUAAGUGGUUUGGCAGAAUGGCAUGUCCCCAAAGCAGGCAUGUUUUUAUGGAUUAAAGUUAAAGGCAUUCCAGAUACAAAACAACUGAUUGAAGAAAAAGCUAUUAAGCAAGAGGUUUUACUGAUUCCUGGAGAAUAUUUCUUCAUUGACAACUCAGUUCCUACCUCAUACAUUAGAGCAUCCUUCUCCUUCGUUUCUCCUGAAGAGAUGGAUAUAGCAUUCCAGAAACUAGCACAACUUAUAAAAGAAUCAUUAUGAAGAAACCAUAAUAAACAUGAAGUCUCAGCUGGCCUCAAACUCACAGCAACCUUCCUACUGCUGCCUUCUCAGUGCUGGGGUUCCGUGCCCAGCCAUUUUUCAGAUAUAUUAUUUCUCUGUUUUGCUGUGGAAAAGGUUAUUGACAACUGACCAGACAAAAUAUAUUUUAUCACAUAUGGCAUAUCUAUACACAUGUAGUAGGUUAAGUAUAUAACUUUAAAGUGCCCAUAAAUCUAUAAUAUUACAUAUAUAUGUGUGUGUGUGUGUGUGUGUGUGUGUGUGUGCGUGUGUGUGUGUGUGUGUGUGU